UUCAAAGCUCCGCCCCCCGCGGUUCUUCCCCGCCCCCCGACGUCCAGACACACGGACAGAGGGCCCGCCCCGCCCCCUGUGCGCCGACGGGCUGUGACCUCGGGGUGUCUGGGUGUCUGGUCCCCCGUCCGCGACUCAGACUUCGUCCCUCCACCCACACGCCGUUCCUUCGGCUCCCUCCUGUGUCACCCUGUCCCCACCCGAGGCCCAAGGGCAGGUUCGCAGUGCAGGACACUUAAUCGUAGCCCAAGUGCGUGAAACCUUCUGCCCGCGUGCGUAGUACCGGGGCAUUCAGCAGUUCCAUUCUCCCCUGCACCGGGAGGCCGCUGAGAGGCACCUUAAGGUAAGAGGACUCCGAAAGCAAGCGAGGAGCGAGGCCCUGUGGAGGAAGUGGGAAGGCAGGCUGAGUCCUAGGGGCUGGGAGCUCUGGCAAGGUUGUCCUGGCCAGGAUGUCGGGCCUGGUGUUGGGGCAGCGGGAUGAGCCAGCAGGUCACCGGCUCAGCCAAGAGGAGAUCUUGGGGAGCACCCGGCUGGUGAGCCAAGGGCUGGAGGCCCUACACAGUGAGCACCAGGCUGUGCUGCAAAGCCUGUCCCACACCAUUGAGUGUCUGCAGCAGGGAGGCCAUGAGGAAGGGCUGGUGCAUGAGAAGGCCCGGCAGCUGCGCCGCUCUAUGGAAAACAUCGAGCUGGGGCUGAGUGAGGCCCAGGUGAUGCUGGCCCUUGCCAGCCACCUGAGUACAGUGGAGUCAGAGAAACAGAAGCUGCGGGCUCAGGUGCGACGACUGUGCCAGGAGAACCAAUGGCUCCGGGAUGAGCUCGCAGGCACCCAGCAGCGGCUGCAGCGCAGUGAACAGGCUGUGGCCCAGCUGGAGGAGGAAAAGAAGCACCUGGAGUUCCUGGGACAGCUGCGGCAAUACGAUGAGGAUGGGCAUGCCACGGAGGACAAGGAAGGUGACGCCACCAAGGACUCGCUGGAUGACCUCUUCCCCAAUGAGGAGGAGGAAGACCCCAGCAAUGGCUUGUCCCGGGGCCAGGGUGCUGCAGCAGCCCAGCAGGGUGGCUAUGAGAUUCCUGCGCGGCUACGGACACUGCACAACCUGGUGAUCCAGUAUGCAGCCCAGGGGCGCUAUGAGGUGGCAGUGCCACUCUGCAAGCAGGCACUUGAGGACCUGGAGCGCACAUCUGGCCGUGGCCACCCUGAUGUCGCCACCAUGCUCAACAUCUUGGCUUUGGUGUAUCGAGACCAAAAUAAGUACAAGGAAGCUGCCCACCUGCUGAAUGAUGCCCUCAGUAUCCGGGAGAGCACACUGGGCCGAGACCACCCUGCUGUGGCGGCCACACUCAAUAAUCUGGCUGUGCUGUAUGGCAAAAGGGGCAAAUACAAGGAGGCAGAGCCGCUGUGCCAGCGAGCGCUGGAGAUUCGAGAGAAGGUCCUGGGCACUGACCACCCAGACGUAGCAAAGCAGCUAAACAACUUGGCCCUGUUGUGCCAAAACCAGGGCAAGUAUGAGGCAGUGGAACGCUAUUACCAGCGGGCACUGGCCAUCUAUGAGGGGCAGCUGGGGCCAGACAACCCAAAUGUGGCUCGGACUAAGAACAACCUGGCAUCCUGUUACCUGAAGCAGGGCAAAUAUGCUGAGGCUGAGACCCUUUACAAGGACAUCCUGACCCGUGCACAUGUGCAGGAGUUUGGGUCUGUGGAUGGUAAGUGUGGGAGCUGGCCCCAAGAGACUCUGGGUCGUGGCUCCCCCAUACCGAGCAGCUCCUCACCCUGCGUCUCAUCCCCAGAUGACCACAAGCCCAUUUGGAUGCAUGCAGAGGAGCGGGAGGAAAUGAGCAAGAGCCGGCACCGUGAGGGCGGCGCACCCUAUGCUGAGUACGGAGGCUGGUACAAGGCCUGCAAAGUGAGCAGCCCCACAGUGAACACCACCCUGAGAAACCUUGGAACUCUGUACAGGCGCCAGGGAAAACUGGAGGCAGCAGAGAUUCUGGAGGAGUGUGCCCUGCGUUCCCGGAAACAGGGCACCGACCCUAUCAGCCAGACCAAGGUGGCAGAGUUGCUUGGGGACGGUGAUGGCAAAAGGACAUCCCAUGAGGGCCCUGGGGACAGCGUGAAAUUUGAAGGAGGUGAAGAGGCUACCGUGGCUGUGGAGUGGUCAGGGGAUGGCAGUGGGACCCUGCAGAGGAGUGGCUCUCUGGGCAAGCUUCGAGAUGUGCUCCGCAGAAGCAGUGAGCUCCUGGUGCGGAAGCUCCAGGGGACUGAGCCUCGGCCCUCUAGCAGCAACAUGAAGCGGGCGGCCUCCUUGAACUACCUGAACCAACCCAGCGCUGCACCCCUCCAGGUAUCUCGGGGCCUCAGUGCCAGCACCAUGGACCUCUCUUCAAGCAGCUGACAUCUACCUAGUGCCCUCACAGCAGCAUUCCCAUUGCUCGGAGUCCCCACUCCAGGGUGGGACAGUGACCCGAAGCCUGCUACUGCCUGCAGGGUCUCGGCCCCUCCUCAGGAAGGACUCUUAGGACAUCCCACCCUGGGGUCCUAUAGUAGCUCACUCACAGGUCUCCCCAGUGAGCAAGAUGCAGCUUGCCACUGGCCUUGCUACAGGAGGAUUUGCAGCCAGCCAUGGCACCACCUCUUGGCCUUCCUGUUCCCCCCACCACCACCACCGCUCCCCUCUCCCUUUGGUUAUUUCACUUGAUGUCCACGUAUUUCACAUUUCUUAAAUAAAAGAAUCAGGUAACCUUUC